AUGGCUGAGGUAGUCAUAGCAGAAUGCCGGCCAGCUCAGCUUUUCAAUGAUAGCAAGUAUCUGACAAGCACAGCUCUGUCCGAAUUGCUAAGCGCUCUCAUUCAUGCUAGUCAAGCGGUUGUAGAAAAGGCAGAUUCAUUGAAACCGACUUUGAUUUGGGGCUCACCGCUGAAUGAUGACGACGAGGAUGCACUUGUCUUCUAUCUCGAGUUGAUUGUGACAAUCUGUUUGGAAAACAAAGACCGCUUAUCCCUUAUUUGGGUGACUGUGCGACGGCAUUUGGAGUGGUUGUUAUCGGCUAGGUUUGGAAGGAGUCCUCUACUUGUUGAACGAGCAGUCGUUGGUUUGCUACGUAUAGCUAACAGAAAUCUUUUCCGUGAUAACACAGUGGCCGAUGACGUACUGCAAUCGCUGUCGCUUCUUUUGCGUUUAUCUCCGAAAGCUAUGUAUGUAUUUUCUCGCCAAAUCUCUUUUGGCCUACAUGAACUGUUACGAACGAAUGCUGCGAAUGUGCAUAGACGAGAGCAUUGGGCUGUUUUAUUGUCGCUGCUUGAAGCAGCUGGAGCAGCGGCGCUACCGGAUGAUGCCCCGCAGCCUGAAAGCUCAGCCGCAGUUGAUCGCCAAGCGUUCUCAGACGGUGAGGCGAUGACAACACGCUCAACUACCGAUGAUAGAGGUUAUACGUCUGAUGAUCCUAACCGGAUAUCUGGUAGCUUAUAG